GUUACAAAAACGCGAAUGCUUACAUUGUUGAUUGUUUUGAUUGGCACCGUUUAAAUUUUUUGCUGAAUACACGUGAUGGUGAAAUCUUGUGCAGCUUUUGGCUGCACUAAUAGAUUCGGCAGUUGUGAUGGAUUAACUUUCCACAAGUUUCCAAAAAAUCCAGAGCGGCGGAAAUUGUGGGAAGAUGCUGUCAGAGGGAAGUGCUGGAAGGCUAAAGACACAAACUAUUUAUGUUCACGUCAUUUUGACGAUAUCAUGUUUGAUCGUACUGGGCGGAGGACAAGAAUUCGAGAAAAUGCUGUGCCUUCUGUGUUUCCAGAAUUUCCUUCAAACUAUCAAAAGAGAGGGAAACCACGUAGACGCAUCACAAGGAUUUGUAAUGCCUCAGUUAGCACUUCUCACAGUUCCAGUGAUCUGCCUGAUGCAGCUUGUGCUUCACUGGCAGCACGUGAAGUUGACUGCUCAGAGCAGAAGCCAUUCGAAGUGGUUUUUCUCCCAAUCAAGGAGGAGUUGACAUAUGAACUGGCAGCACGUGAAGUUGACUGCUCAGAGCAGAAGCCUUGCGACAUAGUAUUCCCACCAAUCAAGGAGGAGUUGGCGUACGAACUGUGUUCCUGUACCGGUCUGUGCCAGCAAGUGAAGGAGGAGAUAACUAUAGAAGAGCACCCUGCUGCCCCAGCCGCAGCAGUAGUUGAACGGAAUGAACCUCACAACUGUGUGGGUCGCCAUGGCAACACUUCAUCCAUCUGCAUUGAACACAGUUCCCAAGACUCACCAGAUACCAGCGUCUUAUUGAAGAGAGAAGUGACUGAUACUGACACCAUUAAAUUAUCAAACUGCAUAAGUAAUUUAGCUGGAUCCACCGGUGUUACCAACAGUCAGGAUAAAACAUGCACUUUUGGAUUUAGUUCGUACAUUCAACAACAGUAUCCCCAAAAAGACACGGGCAAUAAACAAUUUUCUUGUGCAGAAUGUUCAGCAAAGUUUAGCCACAAAGGUGACCUGAAGAAGCAUAUUCAAACUCACACUGGAGAAAAACCUUUUCCGUGUACAGUAUGUUCUGCCAAAUUUAGACAGCUUAGUCAUCUGAGGCAGCACUCUUUUGUACACACUGGAGAAAAACCUUAUUCUUGUACCGUAUGUUCUGCUAAGUUUAGACAGCAUGCUGCUCUGAAGCAGCACACUCGAACACACACUGGAGAAAAACCUUUUUCAUGUACAAUAUGUCCUGCAAAGUUUAGCCUUCAAGGUAGCCUGAAGCAACACAUUCAAACCCACACUGGAGAAAAACCUUUUUCUUGUACACUAUGUUCUUCCAAGUUUAGACUGCUUAGUCAUCUGAGGCAGCAUACUCGAACACACACUGGAGAAAAACCUUUUUCUUGUACACUAUGUUCUGCCAAGUUUAGUCAGCAAAGUAUCCUGAAGAGGCACACUCGAAUCCACACUGGAGAAAAACCUUUUUCUUGUACAGUAUGUUCUGCCAAGUUUAGACAGCUUAGUCAUCUGAGGCAGCACUCUUUUGUACACACUAGGGAAAAACCUUAUUCUUGUACAGUAUGUUCUGCCAAGUUUAGAUUGCAUGCUGCUCUGAAGCAGCACACUCGAAUACACUCUGGAGAAAAAACAUGUUUCUUGUAAACUAUGUUCUGCCACAUCUAGCCAUCAAAAUGCUUUGAAAAGGCAUACUGGUACACACACACUAAAGAAAACCUUUUCUUGAACACCGUUCCGCUAAAGUUAGUUAGCAGGUAACUUAAACAUGUUUCAUCCUACAUACACUUCCCCUAGUAGCGUUAGUGAGGGAAUUUACUUUUUAAAACCCACACAAAAAUAUCCAGUUGAUGCCCUCCCUUCCCCUGCCCUUCCCCCUGUCCCACCCUGGAACACUGUGACUUGCUCCAUCCAUUUCCCCGCUACUGAAGUGAGUUUUGUAAGUCUGUGUCUCGGUAGGAGGAGAGCUGUGAUUGGCCGGUGAGUAGUGGAAUGGACAGGGAGUUAAGACUGCUGUGGGAAGGCUUGUGCCUUCACGUUCUGCCACACUACAGUUAUGUCUGGGAGCAGGAGCAACACACACAACCGUCCUGUCUGCCGCCUUGGAGGUCACUGUAACAUACAAGUAGUUCUGUAACCAAGUCACCAGCUCAUUUUCCUCCUCUCACGCUCUUUCCAUGCGGAGAGGGAAGACCCAGGCCACAUGCUGGGCUGCAGGGAGAGGCAACAUUGCAUGCCUUCUCUAAUAGCCAGGCGGAUAAAUAAAUAUUUAAUUGUGCCCGAGAGUAAUCAGUGGAUAGCGAGUGCACUGCAGUACAAAAGGUUGACAUAUAUUUUAAGUAAAGAUAAGGAAAAUGAUGUAGAUGACACUCAAAAAACAGUUCAAAAACAAUUAACAUAAUUUAUACAUGGAACACCGAUAUACAACAGACCACAGUUAAAACAAUAAACACAGUGUACGUACAUACAACAAUAAAACAGAAUUAAGACAAUUUUUUAAGUUUUAACACGCCAUUUCGAACAAAGCAAAAACCAGCAAUUCUUAAAUAAUACAUGAAAGAAUAUAAAAAGUAAAUUCAGAACCAGACAGAUAAAAACAAGGUUUUGGAAGUUUUUCACGAUAAAGAAGACGAAUCGUCAGAAUAACUUGAAAAGCAUGAAAUUAUGUAAAUUAUCAUUGUAAAGCAUAUAGCAAACACAGAAUUACUUCUUACGAGGAGAGCAUAGGUCUGGUUUGUUAGCAACCUUAAAACCAGGCUUAUAUUUAAUUACAGAAAUCCACCCGUACGGGGAUGGAAAAGGAAUACAUAUUAUUUUAUGAUAAUUAAUGAGGGUAAACCUACCCAACUUCGUAAUACUAACGUAUCGAACUUCAAUAUUAGCAAUAUAUUAAACACAUUAAUUCUUCUUUUAUAUGUGUUAUAUUGAUUACUUAUUGCCUUUUUAUUUUCUACACGAAGGAUUAAUUUAUCUUAAGUAAAUAAAACCUGAUACAAAAUAAACAAAUGGCAUACACACAUACCUCAUUUCGUGAUACCCUACGUAAUUGUGUGACAACAUAUACUCUAUUUCGUGACACAUUUAUUAUGAUCAUUUGUAAAACAUUGCCACGACUUUAGUCACUGUUGCUGUCUGCCUAAUCACUUCCCACUCACAGAUUACAUAUGAAAACUUUUGGUGGCAUUGCUGAAUCAAUGGAUUGGCAGUUUUCGUGGAACCAUUUCAAGCAGAAACAGCACUGAAUCCAAGGACUUUUAUUCUUGCCAAGCGCAUAGUCCUUGUUACCCGUCGCACGUACGUCUUCACUCUUUUUUGCCAGCUUAGGGCUUACUCUUAAGCUCCUUCGGCUGUUUCUUUGUCACUUUCUUCCAUAUCUGGCUCCCACUUGGCUCAGGUGCAUGCUGAAUGCUACACAUGGUGGCUGAAGUUUCGUCUUCCUGAAGUUCAGGUGUAGCGUUGAAGUAAACUUUGGCACGUUGGUCUUUUUUUCUUUUUUGUUCAGGCUUUUCACUUUGUGGUGACGUAAGGUGUAAAUCUGGCAGUCUUAAAAGAUUGUCAAGUGACUUUUGUGCAAGUUUACUGUCUGAUGAUUUUGGACUAAGCCUAUCCUCCAUUAGACCUAGGUCCACUAGCAUUUGAUAAUGUGCUUCCUUGAGAUUCGUCAAGCCCUGUGGGCGCUGUUGUCAGUUCUUCAUCCUGCACUGCUUGUCGAUUUAAAGGGAAAAUGCCAGACUUAGUAAAUCUAGAAAUUAUGUUGUCCCAAAAAAAGGCUUUCAAGAAUGCGGGACAAAGUCAAAAGUCCUGGUCUGCGAAAUGGAUUACCUUCUUGAAACUGCUUGAGAGCUCCAUUCCAAGCAACUUUCAGAGGUUGAUAAACAGAAAUGUCAUGGGGCUGGAGAAUAUGACUGGUGUGGGAUGGGAGAGCUACAUUAAUAAUUUCAUUUUGUGAUGCUAUUUCCAUGACUUUUGGCGUGAAGGGGCUUGCAUGUGAGUCCAUUAUUAAAAUCACUGGUUUGUCUGAUGUGCAUCCUUCAGUGAACAUUUUGAACCACCGCAGAAACAACUCGGAAUUUAUCCAACCACUUGGAGACAACCCUGCAGAGAAAUUAGGAAGGGCACUGUCAUCUUGACCCCUUUGAAAAUUAAUAGGCCUGGCCUAAAUUCUCCUACAAACGUGAUGUCGAAUGGCAUCAUUGUAACUGAAACAGAAGGAAAAUUGUAAGGAAUUAGUUCAUUUUCAUAAGCUUAUCACGAAGUAAAUAAGAGUAGAGAAUAUUUUCUAAUACCAUAUAUUAACAGAUUAAUGCUCUCACUUUAUGUUGAAACUAUAAAACAUGCGAUAUCAAUAAGAAUAUACAUUUAUUUACCUUUUUUUAGCGUGUGCUGCACAACUUGAGUGAGAUGAUACGUGUAUUGAACUAACACUAGCAGGAAAAGUGUGCUGGUAAACACAAAGGACGCACCAAAACGCACUGAAACUAGACUUGCCUGCUCUCUGUUGGUAAGUUAGUGAACUCAGUGUACGAAACCUACCCAGCUCUGUGAUGCCCGCAACGUUGUUUGUCACGAUAUAAGGUAUAUCACGGUAUAUGGUCGGUUUACCCUAUACCUUUAAAACUAACAAAGUGUAAGAAAAGAUAUUGGGUAAAAGAGGUAUGUAUAUUUUUAAGAUUAAUAAUUAUAUCUCUGAAUUUAACUAAGCAUACCAAUGAUAAACACAAAAAUUCAAACACUUUAAGUUUGGUAAAAGGGCAGGUGUGUUUUGAAAUCAAAAAAGUCACAUCAAUAGUUAUUUUUUAUGUAUUUUUGGCAUUUAUUAAAAUUUGUCUAUAAAUGGGGCUGAUAAC